AUGGAUGAGGGUGUUGGGUACUCCAAGGGAUUUCAAGAAGCACGAGCACGGCAAAUUUUCCAAAUGGAAUUAGAGUUUGUUCAGUGUCUUUCAAAUCCAGAUUAUUUGCAGUGGUUGGCCAAAAACAGAUACUUUGAUCAACCAUCUUUCAUAAAUUAUUUAAAUUAUCUUCAAUAUUGGAAAAAUCCAGAGUACGCGCUUCAUGUCCAAUUUCCCCAAUGUCUGCGUUUAUUGGAUGCUUUGCAAGACCCAGAAUUUCGUCUUCAACUAAAUUCAAAUGAUGCAAUUAUAGAACUGAAAAGACAGCAAUCACAUCAAUGGGUAAGGCCGAUGGAUGCUUGCCAGCCAGUUUCAUCUGAGCCCCUUUCUCAUUUAUGUUUUACAGAUCUAUUUUGA